CGUAAAGCAGCGAGGGCAGCAACGUGCAAUGCCAUUCGGCGAGCUGGAUAUCGUACCCUCCGGACGCUCUGGCAACAUCGUAGAGGAGUAUCUACAAAUAGUCAGUGGGAAAGGAAAUGAGAACACCGAGUACGUGCUGUUAGAUGACGUCGCAAACGUCAAGGGCGUGGGAGAAACCAGUAGUACUAGUUCGAGCUGGAAUAUACACGGGCAUGUAGUGCACAACAAAGGGACAGUACAACCACGAGCAAUCGCGUCGAAUGGAGGAAAAGAUACAGAUAGAAUAGUGGAUCACGGGAGCGAUCUCGCAGGGGACAGAAUAGAUCAAAUCAGCAUGGGGACGAGGACAAAACGGGGAGAAGUGACCGACCAGUUGGAACAGACCGGCACCGGAGAUGGAUCAAGCCAAGUGCAAUGCUUUAAUGCCGAGGAUGACCUUACCGCUUGCACUAAACAAGAGGAUAGUUCGCCUCCAAAGAUGGCGAUACGACAGGCUGCUUUUGAAAUGUGGGAACGGACGAUGAUCGACUCGAAGCCCGGAUGGGAGAAGGUGGGAGAAAACGCGCCAUUGGCUUCUGUAGUCGGGAUGAAAGGAGGUCGCCCGCAUUCCGCUGCGCAAAUCCUGCAUCGAAAGCGUCCCAGCAGCGCUACUCGAAGCGGCGAAUUCACUGCUCUUGAAGUGCAGAGGAGCCAACAACGAGGAUCUGUUGCGGGAGAAGUUGGAGAGGCAGCAGUUGAGCUGGAAAUACAACAACGUGACGAAAAUCAACCACAACAAGAACAACUGGUGGUGGCGGCGGCGGCGUUUCCUUCAGCAGCGACACUUUCCGUCUUGCCAGAUGUGGGCUUGCAGCUCGAGGAAACGCCAAAAAAGGCACCUCGAGGAACGCAUCGGCCCCAGAGCGGAACCGCGAUGAGUACAUUUCGUCGAGGCCUCAUGCGGAAAAUAGACGCAGCUUCUGCCACGCUCGACAACAUGCGGGAUCAGGACGCUGCCCGUCUUCAGGAGCCAGGACUUGUGUCCGGACUGACUGGUGUCCGAAUUCAACGUCAAGGAGAACAGCAAAAUAUUCACGAAGAAGAAAAGAUGAAAGGUCUAGGCGCGGUUGAGGGAGCUGCAAAACCAUCUUCGAAC